AGAUGGGAUGUGACUUGGCUUUAGCAGGAGAGAGGUAGUAAAUAUGGCAGUUGUCAGGUGUAGGGAAUGUUAUUACUGUGAGAUAUGGCGCUGUUGGCAUUCGAAAAGAAUAUCUAACUGUAAAUAGACUAGUUUGUAAUGAAAUUUAAACAAAAAAAAAACUUAAACGUAGAAAAUCAUCACACAGGGAAAAUGAAUGACGUGCAGUAAUUCUUGCUGUAGAAGUGACUCUUACAAUAAUAUCAGAUGUUUUAUUCUUGUUUUUCCUAAAGGUAUGCAAUUCUGCUAAGGGUGCGUCUAACUGAACUGGCAAUCUGUCGGGACUGCAUCACUAAAGUUCCAGUACCUAUACAUUGUUUCCCGAGUACAGCUGGCAAAUCCCUGUGGACUCGAGAGCUUUGGUUAUAUCAUUUACAAGCUACAGCCUGUAAAACCACCCAACCCACUUACGCAGGGUUUUCGACAACAGCGCAUUCCCUGGCCAAGCAAUAGAAGCAGGGACAGGCCUAUGUUAUACAGAAUAGAAGCAUUUACCCACGCCCCUCCAACCAUCCGCAACCUCCCGAGCAGAUCGAACGAACGGUACAAGCAACCUUGGCGGUAGGGGCAAGUCCGUCCCAAACUGCACAAACAACAUGACGGAUAACAUUCCCCUGCAGCCUGUGAGGCAAAAGAAACGAGCGGACAGCAGGCAUCGAGACAGAUGCUGUGGCUGUUUACGGUGUUGUGGAAUGAGGGAUUUCAGACCCCGGACCGUUUGGUUAGGCCAUCCUGAAAAACGAGAUCAGCGACAUCCCCGCAAUGUAAUAAACAAUCAAAAGUACAAUUUCUUCACAUUUUUGCCAGGGGUAUUAUUUAAUCAGUUCAAAUAUUUCUUCAACCUAUAUUUUCUGCUGCUGGCAUGCUCCCAGUUUGUUCCUGAACUUCGACUUGGGCCAUUGUACACCUACUGGGUGCCCCUGGGCUUUGUGCUUGCUGUCACCAUUAUUCGUGAGGCUGUGGAGGAGAUCCGAUGUUUCAUUCGGGACAAGGAAGUAAAUUCUCAGAUCUACAGUAAGCUCACAGCUAGAGGAACAAUGAAAGUAAAAAGCUGCAACAUACAAGUAGGAGACCUCAUUAUUGUAGAAAAGAACCAGAGAGUUCCUGCUGACAUGAUCUUUCUGCGAACAUCUGAAAAGCUUGGUUCAUGUUUCCUGCGUACAGACCAGCUGGAUGGUGAAACAGACUGGAAAUUACGUUUACCAGUGACUUGCACACAGAGACUCCCUGUUGCAGCUGACCUGCUUCAGAUGCGAGCAUAUGUGUAUGCAGAAGAACCAAAUAUUGACAUUCAUAAUUUUAUUGGGACAUUUACAAGAGAAGACAGUGACCCUCCAAUUAACGAGAGCUUGGGCAUUGAGAAUACCCUUUGGGCCAGCACCGUUGUUGCUUCAGGUACUGCUGUGGGUGUUGUCAUUUACACAGGAAGAGAACUGCGUAGUGUGAUGAACACAUCUAACCCCCGCAGUAAGAUUGGACUGUUUGACCUGGAAGUGAAUUGCUUGACUAAGAUCUUGUUUGGCGCCCUAGUUGUUGUCUCCAUUGUCAUGGUGGGUCUUCAGCAUUUUGCUGGACGUUGGUAUCUCCAGAUCUUCAGAUUUCUCCUACUGUUUUCGAACAUCAUUCCCAUCAGUUUACGUGUGAAUCUGGACAUGGGAAAGAUUGUGUACAGUUGGAUGAUUCGUAGAGACUCCAAAAUUCCUGGAACUGUGGUUAGAGCCAGCACCAUUCCUGAACAACUAGGAAGGAUUUCCUACUUACUAACAGAUAAGACAGGAACACUUACUCAGAAUGAAAUGGUUUUUCGACGGCUGCACCUUGGAACAGUGGCAUAUGGAACUGAUUCGAUGGAUGAAGUACAGAGUCAUAUAUUCAGCGUAUAUACACAGCCAACUCAAGAACCUCCAUCCUCCAAAGCUAUGGCUGUAACAUCCAAAGUACGAAAAACCAUGAGUAGUCGUGUCCAUGAAGCUGUAAAGGCAAUUGCAUUGUGCCAUAAUGUCACGCCUGUUUAUGAAUCCAAUGGUGUGACCGACCAAGCUGAAGCAGAGCAGAGCUAUGAGGAUUCCUGCCGAGUGUACCAGGCUUCAAGCCCAGAUGAGGUAGCUCUGGUGCAGUGGACAGAAAGUGUGGGAUUAACGCUUGUUGGCAGGGAUCAAUCUUCUAUGCAGCUGAGGACACCUGGUGGGCAUAUUUUGAAUUUCACCAUUCUGCAGAUAUUCCCUUUCACUUAUGAGAGCAAACGGAUGGGUAUUAUUGUCAAGGAUGAAGCCACAGGAGAGAUCACAUUCUACAUGAAAGGAGCUGAUGUUACUAUGGCUGGCAUAGUUCAGUACAAUGACUGGCUAGAGGAAGAGUGUGGCAAUAUGGCAAGAGAAGGCUUGCGAGUCCUUGUUGUUGCAAAGAAGUCGCUCACAGAAGAACAGUACCAAGAUUUUGAGACACGUUACAUUCAAGCAAAGCUCAGCGUGCACGACCGCUCCCUGAAAGUAGCAACUGUGAUUGAGAGCGUAGAGAUGGAGAUGGAACUUUUGUGUUUGACUGGAGUGGAGGAUCAGUUGCAAACAGAUGUUCGACCAACACUUGAGAUGCUGAGAAAUGCUGGCAUUAAGGUAUGGAUGCUGACUGGAGACAAACUUGAAACUGCAACUUGUACUGCGAAAAAUGCUCACCUUGUGACAAGAACCCAAGAUAUUCAUAUCUUUAGACCUGUUACCAACAGAGGAGAAGCCCAUUUAGAGCUGAAUGCUUUCAGAAGGAAACAUGACUGUGCCUUGGUCAUCUCAGGGGACUCUUUAGAGGUAUGUCUGAAGUUUUACGAGUAUGAGUUUAUGGAGCUGGCCUGUCAAUGCCCUGCAGUUGUGUGCUGUCGGUGUGCACCAACACAGAAAGCCCAGAUUGUACGAUUACUGCAAGAGCGGACUGGAAAGCUAACAUGUGCAGUAGGUGAUGGAGGAAACGAUGUCAGUAUGAUCCAAGAAGCAGAUUGCGGUGUAGGUAUAGAAGGAAAGGAAGGCAUGCAGGCAUCUCUUGCUGCUGACUUUUCAGUGACACAGUUUAAGAAUUUAGGCAGACUGCUCAUGGUCCAUGGAAGGAACAGUUAUAAGCGAUCAGCAGCUCUGAGUCAGUUUGUGAUUCACAGGAGUCUGUGUAUUAGCACAAUGCAGGCUGUGUUUUCUUCAGUUUUCUAUUUUGCUUCUGUUCCACUCUACCAAGGCUUCCUCAUUAUUGGGUACUCAACAAUUUAUACCAUGUUUCCAGUGUUCUCCCUGGUGUUGGACAAGGACGUAAAAUCUGAAGUUGCCAUGCUUUAUCCAGAACUUUACAAAGAUCUUCUAAAGGGAAGGCCACUUUCUUACAAAACAUUUCUGAUCUGGGUGUUGAUAAGUAUUUACCAAGGGAGCAUCAUCAUGUAUGGGGCACUACUUCUCUUUGAAUCUGAGUUUGUCCAUAUUGUUGCCAUUUCCUUUACUGCCUUGAUUCUGACUGAGCUACUGAUGGUGGCACUAACUAUACAGACAUGGCACUGGCUUAUGAUCGUUGCCGAACUCCUUAGUCUUUCCUGCUACAUUGCUUCACUUGUCUUUUUACAUGAAUUUAUUGAUGUUUAUUUUAUUAUAACCCUGUCAUUCUUGUGGAAAGUUACUGUGAUAACCCUUGUAAGCUGUCUUCCACUCUAUGUUCUGAAAUACCUUAGAAGAAGAUUCUCUCCGCCAAGUUACUCAAAACUCACAUCCUAGAUGAAACAGCCACGUAAAACUGAAUGACAAGUGAGUUCUGCCUCUUCCUAACAGACAAGCAUCAUGGCACUGGAACCUGGGAAGACAGCUGAAUAUGGAAAAUGCAGUAAAUGGCACCUUCUACUGGGUACUAAGAUGAGUGAAUUGGACUCAGAACAUCAAAACAUACUAAUGCAGAAUUGUGUUUUUAGAAGGAUAAAUGUUAAUUGGCUUACUUGAAUUGUUUCAAAACAUGUAUAUAUUUUAGGGAAUUUAACAAGGGAUUGUCCUGACAGUGGCGUUUUGUGUCCAGGACACAUUUCUUAAACUGCUGUGGUAAACAGAGUUGUCCUUUUUUCAAAGUGUUUUGCUCCUUUAUAAUAUUCUCCAGCAUAGUCAAAGGUCCAUUGUGUGGCUGGCCUACUUUGAUGCUUUUGUAGAAAUACCUUAUGUGAGACGUUAUACAGAACAAUGACCCCCUCCCCACCAGUUUCUUGGAAUGAUUUUAACAACCCUCCUGGGGAUGUAGUGCCAAGGACCCAACACAUUUCCUUCUGCUUUUUAGCUCUUGGGAGCACUGACACACACACUGAGACUUGCUCUUUAGGCAGUAUUGAGUUUUAGCCUUGACAUUUCCUGUUAGAGAAUUAGGAAGUUGUGCUGUGCAAAAAAUGAAGUAUCAUGCAGAAUAUGAUGUAAACUACCAUUCUGUGUAUGCAGAAAGAGCCCUGUAACAGGAAGCCCAUGACUUUGGUGUGCCUCUAACACUGCGAGGGCAUUUGUACAGAGCAGCAGAUGUGCAUCAGCAGUCCUUGCCUAAAGCCAACUGGGAACGUGUUUCAAGGCAUCACAGUUUUAAAGUCACCAGCAAUCUGCUUCCUGAAGAACUUCGCUCAUGUAUAAAGUUGUAUUUAUGAAGUUUUUUUUUUUUCUCAUUUGGGUUCCUGUAUAUUAGUCCAGUAUGCCAGAGCUAAAUAAUUUUGUUUGAAGUAGUGAAGUGCAGAGUAACCCCAAAAUGAGAGCACUGAACAAUGAGGAAGAAGGGGACAACAGUUCAUAUACUUCCAGGUCAAGUCGGUCUUCCCUGGUAUACUGUAAACCUGUUAACUGUACCAGAAGCUUGCUGAUUCUUUGCAACUGAAUUGUAAAAUUGUAAUUAAAAAAAAAGUCAAAGGGUACAAGUUAGCUAGACUUUUGGAAACAAAAUAGAAGAAUGAUCUUUGUGGGUGAACAUUCAAAGUGGCAAAUCACUACAGCUUGAAUACGACUUUAACCAUGACUGUCACAAGCUCCUUUGUCUGUCCCACACUUCUGUCCAGCUGUUCUCCUGCUGAUCAGAGAAUGUUUCAUUUUGAUAGGCUGGAUAGAUCUGUAUUGGUUCAUCUGCUCUGCAGCCACAUAUAUCCAUAGCAUUUAAAACAAACUCCAUAUUAUCACUAGAAACCCCAUCCUACUUUGUGGCACUUGAACAGUAAUCACUAGAGUGUGUGACUCUGGACUCAGCUACCUAUUAAAACAAGAUAUUACUUGCUGGCAAAAUAUUGCAGUAUGAUUUGCACUGAUAAUCUAAAAAUCUGUGUUGAGUAGUUAAAACUUCUGUCUGAUUCUUAUAGCUCCAAAAGAAAAAGUUAAUGCAUGGCUGUGCUGUUUGCUACUACAAAGAUGACAUAUUGAGGGUAUCUGUAAGGCUUUCAGCUGUGAUCCAUUAAAUCCGGACUCGCAGAUGCCAAUUUCUUUAUUAUAAGGAUGUAUGUGGUACUGGAAUGUAUUAUGUUACUAACGUGUGUGUGUGUGGGGGGGGGGGGGUUGCUUUCCAACAACAAAAUGUCCUGUAGUUUAAUUUGGCUGACUUCAGUUUGAAUUCUGUUAUAUAAGUUAAUGCCAUUCCCAGUACACAUAUUUCUUUAAACAAUAUCUGCCAGUAAGGACUGUCUGGCCGCUGCUAAAUGAAAAACUAGCCAAGAAGUCUCUCAAAUAAAGUGGACAGCAGAGGAGCUGUGGACGCCAGAAUAUAUCAAGGUACAACGCCAAGUUUUAUUUCCAAAUAAAACUGCUGCAAAUAACAUUAAAGUUGUUACCCAAAACUGAGAAGCUGUUGUGUGAAUCAGCAGCCCUGCACUUUGUGUGUGUGUGUGUGUGUGGGGGGGGGGGGGGGUUGAUGCUGCAGACCUGUUAAUAAACAAUUAAGUGGACUAUUUUCAUACAAGUAAGCCAAAAGGCACAAGGAAAGAUAACCCUUUAGCUUUUUUGUAGUCCUGCAAUUAGAUACAAAAAUAAAGACUACAGAUUUUUUAAAUUCAUUAAAAUACGGUCGAGUGACCUUAAAGACAUGCAGGUAGGUGCGAGUGUGAAUUGGCGUGCCUUCUUUGAAGGUUGGGUGUCAGGCUGGCAACUCAGCACCAUAAAAAUCCACUGCCAAUCAUGAGCAGACCGGAGUUCCGCUGUGACGACCCCUAACCGGGAAAAGCCGAAAGUCAAGAAGAAGGUAGAGCACCAGGCUCCGGUGCCCAAGAGGUGUUUUGUUUUGCUGUCCUUUAUCAGAGCAUCAGUAUAUGCGAACAGAAUAUCAGCGAGGGUAAGGUACAUACAGCUUGCCCAUUAUGGCUCCCAGUUGCAAGUUCUCUAACUGAAAAAUUAUCAGUUGUGUAAGUUGGAAUAUAUAGUUAGUAGGAGUGUGGGGGACUAAUCCUUUCUAUUUUGGGGAUACUCCCUGCACAACAUUGACUUUCAGAGCUCACUGUUUUGGAGUGGAAUUCUUAUUGCUGGAUCGUAUACAUAUAUAUAUAUAUAUAUAUAUAUAUAUAUA